UCCACCUGAACCCAGGUGUCUGCUGUACAGCAGAACCGCAGGAGGGAUGGGGGGGGGUGUUCCUUGGAAACCUGUGAUGGUUCCAUCACAGGGAGUCAUACCGACCUACCCAAAUAUGAGACCGAUCAUGAUUGAGACCCAUUUGGCUUGGUUCUGAUUCUGUGGUGAAUUAAAUAGUUCCUUUAUUUAAUUCUUUAUUCCUUUUUUUAACUCACAUCUUGACUUCCCACAGAGUGACGAGCUCAAAAAGGUUCCCAUGGAGAUAGCCCUGCUGCAGCGGCUCUGUGAGGUCGGUGGUCACGGCGGCGUGAUCUCCAUGCUGGACUGGUUCGAGGUGGAGGGGCAGGGCUUCAUGCUGGUGAUGGAGCGGCCGCUACAGUGCCAAGAUCUUUUUGACCUGGUCACGGACAGCGGCGGGUUGCCCGAACGCCUCGCUCUAAGGUUCUUCAGGCAGACGGUGGAGGCGCUAAAGUUCGUUCACGCGCACGGCAUCGUGCACAGAGACGUGAAGGACGAGAACAUCUUGGUGGACACGCGGACGCUGGAGGUCAAGCUCAUCGACUUCGGCUCCGCUGCUCUGCUGAAGGAAAAGGCGUACGACGACUUCGAAGGUACAAGAGUCUACAGCCCACCUGAGUGGGUCCAGGCGCAGUCUUACCACGCUGAACCGCUCACCGUGUGGUCGCUCGGCAUUCUCCUCUUCAACAUGGUGUGCGGAGACAUUCCGUUCCACUGCGACGAGGAAAUCAUAAAGGCCACGCCCUAUUACACUCGACAUGUCUCUAAAGAAUGCAAGGCUCUGAUUGAUUGGUGUCUGUCGCUCCGGCCGGAGGACCGCCCCUCGCUGGAGCAGAUCCUGAUGCACCCCUGGAUGGAGGUCGGGGAGAAAGAGAAAAACGAGGAAGGGGAGCACAGCUCGCUGCCCUUUGCAGCGCUCUGA